GGACAAGACAGUUGGUGAAAACUGAUGACGAGAACUUGAUACUUCCACGUCGUGACAACAGUGUGAUAUAUAAGAUAUAUAAAUUUGUAGUCACUCAAAGUAACUCAGUGAUUGUACAGUUAAUUUUUUUUUCCAAGUUUCACUCGAGUAUUAAUUUAUAUUUCUGUUAUUAUUGUUAAUCAAGAUGAAAAACAUUUGUUUUCUUAUUCUAUUGAGCUUUCCAGCAUUUAUAUCAAUAUUUUGCGCCGGAACUCAAUGGGCAUAUGCUCAAGAAGACGAUAAUGCCGAUGAUACGAUGGUCGAUUCAGAAGAAACAAAUAUAUUAGUCGAAGAUGAGUUAGAAGAAGAAUUUUCAACCUCGUCUGUUGAUGCGGACACGACGAUAUUAUUUAUAAAACCAGUCGUCACCAACGCGCUGUCAAAUCUUGAACUGCCAGGUGGUCAUUUGGUGGAAUUCCUUGUAGGCUUCACAAACAAAGGAAAGACAGACUUUAUUCUCGACACCUUAGAAACUUCUCUUCGUUACCCAAUGGACUUCAAAUUUUACAUCCAAAACUUCACCACUCUAUCUGUCGAAAAAGUUGUCAAGCCAAACCACGAAGCAACUAUCGCUUACUCUUUCAUUCCUUCUGAAACUUUUGCUGGACGUCCGUUUGGUCUUAACGUCAAUCUCAAUUACAGAGACAUGAACGGUGCCUACUUCAACGAAGCCAUUUACAACGAAACCGUUCAAAUUGUGGAGUUAGAUGAAGGUCUUGAUGGAGAAACAGUCUUUUUAUACAUUUUCUUAGUUGCCUGUGUGAUAUUGACACUUGUUGGUGGUCAGCAACUUUUGUCGUCUUUUGGAAAAAGAUCCAGGUCACCGCGAAAACAAACCAUCGAAGUGGGAACCAGCAAUCCAAAUAAUGUUGAUUAUGAUUGGUUACCAAAAGAAACUCUCAACAGACUGAACAAGUCGCCAAGGACACCGAAACAAAGUCCAAAGCAACGAAAAGUGAGAAGAAUGGCAGGGUCAGAUGAUUAAAAUGUGUAUUUAUAUUAUAAAAAAAUAAAUAAAUAAUAUUUUCUAAAAUAGAUGAAACGAAA